AUGCAGGCCGUCCGCCGUAACACCGUCGCUGCCCUUCGCAAUGCUGCUGCCACGCAGCGCCGGGCAUACUCUGCCUCGGCCAGCCCGGCUUAUGCUGAGACUGUGAACAACCUUCGCAUUAACGGAGAGACCAAGGUCAUCUUCCAGGGUUUCACUGGAAAGCAGGGAACUUUCCACGCUGAGCAAGCUAUCGCCUAUGGCACCAAGGUCGUUGGUGGAACCAACCCGAAGAAGGCCGGCUCGAUGCACCUUGACCGUCCCGUCUUCGCCAACGUGAGCGAGGCCGUCAAGGAGACUGGAGCUACCGCUACUGCGCUCUUCGUCCCCCCCCCCUUGGCCGCUAAGGGUAUUGAGGAGGCCAUCGAGGCCGAAAUUCCUCUGGCUGUCUGUAUCACCGAGGGUAUCCCUCAGCACGACAUGGUUCGUAUCACCGAUAUCCUGAAGACGCAGAACAAGACCCGUCUGGUGGGUCCUAACUGCCCUGGUAUCAUCGCUCCUGGCCAGUGCAAGAUUGGUAUCAUGCCUGGAUUCAUUCACAAGCGUGGCCGUGUCGGUAUCGUCUCCCGGUCCGGUACCCUGACCUACGAGGCCGUCAACCAGACCACCCAGGCUGGUCUUGGUCAGUCCCUGGUCGUCGGUAUCGGUGGUGACCCCUUCUCCGGCACCAACUUCAUCGACUGCCUGAAGAUCUUCCUCGAGGACCCGGAGACCGACGGUAUCAUCAUGAUUGGUGAGAUCGGUGGUAGUGCCGAGGAGGAUGCCGCCGAGUUCCUCAAGGCCAACAACAAGUACAACAAGCCCGCCGUUGGAUUCAUCGCCGGCAUUAGCGCUCCCCCGGGCCGUCGUAUGGGUCACGCCGGAGCCAUCGUCAGCGGCGGCAAGGGUGGCGCUGACUCUAAGAUCUCCGCUCUUGAGGCGGCUGGUGUUGUUGUCGAGCGCAGCCCCGCUUCCCUGGGCAAGGCGCUGCUGAACGAAUUCGUCAAGAGGGAUCUGGUCUAG